UCUCGCGGUAUUUCCGCAGCCAAGGCUGCACGCGGAGUCUGAGUGCUUCGAGCCAGGGCCGGGAGGGCAAGCCGGUGCGGGCGGGAGACGCUCUUUAGCCGGCCGUACGGAAGCCUGCGUGCGAGGGAGGGUGGUACCCACUCCCCAAGUCCAGUGUCCCGAUGCCCAGCGCCAACGCCAGCCGCAAGGGUCCGGAGAAGCCGCGGGAGAUCGUGGACGCGGCGGAAGAUUAUGCUAAAGAGAGAUAUGGGAUAUCCUCUAUGAUACAGUCCCAAGAAAAACCAGAUAGAGUUUUGGUUCGAGUUAAAGACUUGACAGUACAAAAGGCUGAUGAUGUUGUUUGGGUCCGUGCAAGAGUUCAUACAAGCAGAGCAAAAGGGAAGCAGUGCUUCUUAGUCCUGAGGCAGCAGCAGUUUAACGUCCAGGCUCUGGUGGCGGUGGGAGACCACGCGAGCAAGCAGAUGGUUAAAUUUGCUGCCAAGGGCAGGCGGAUCUCCGUGAGUUUGAGGCCAGCCCGGGCUACAGAUGAGUUCCAGGACAGGCUCCAAAGCUACACAGAGAAACCCUGUCUCAAGAAACAAAAGAAGAAACAAACAAAGAAAAAAAUUGUUGAGACUAGGAAUAGUUUAACUUGCUUGGUGUUCAGGUUGAUUUCAUUGGAUUUUGAUGCUGUCUUACAGACAUCAACUAGUCAGGCCAUCUUCCGUCUCCAGUCCGGCAUCUGCCAUCUCUUCCGAGAAACUUUAAUUAACAAAGGUUUUGUGGAAAUCCAAACUCCUAAAAUUAUUUCAGCUGCCAGUGAAGGAGGAGCCAAUGUUUUUACUGUGUCCUAUUUUAAAAAUAAUGCCUACCUUGCUCAGUCCCCACAGCUGUAUAAGCAGAUGUGCAUCUGUGCUGAUUUUGAAAAGGUUUUUUGCAUUGGACCAGUUUUUAGAGCUGAAGACUCCAAUACCCAUAGACAUCUCACUGAAUUUGUUGGUUUGGAUAUUGAAAUGGCUUUUAAUUAUCAUUACCAUGAAGUUGUAGAAGAAAUUGCUGACACCUUGGUGCAAAUAUUCAAAGGACUUCAAGAAAGGUUUCAGACUGAAAUUCAAACUGUGAGUAAACAGUUCCCAUGUGAGCCAUUCAAGUUUUUGGAGCCAACCUUGAGACUGGAGUAUUGUGAAGCUUUGGCUAUGCUUAGAGAAGCAGGAGUUGAGAUGGGCGAUGAGGAAGAUCUAAGUACACCAAAUGAAAAGCUGUUGGGUCGUUUGGUGAAAGAAAAGUAUGAUACAGACUUUUAUGUUCUUGAUAAAUAUCCAUUGGCUGUAAGACCUUUCUAUACCAUGCCUGACCCAAGAAAUCCUAAACACUCCAACUCUUACGAUAUGUUCAUGAGAGGAGAAGAAAUAUUGUCUGGAGCACAAAGAAUACAUGAUCCUCAAUUGCUAACAGAGAGAGCUUUGCACCAUGGAAUUGAUUUGGAAAAAAUCAAAGCUUACAUUGAUUCCUUCCGCUUUGGAGCCCCUCCUCAUGCUGGUGGAGGCAUUGGAUUGGAAAGGGUGACGAUGCUGUUUUUAGGAUUGCAUAAUGUACGUCAGACAUCGAUGUUCCCUCGUGACCCCAAACGACUCACACCUUAAAGCCACACUUUUUAUUCUCUCCAAUAAUCUGCUAUUCAUCAGGUUGUACCUUAGGUACUUAAGAUAUGCAGGAGAAUAACUGUCUUAUACUAAAGUGCCACGAUUAUUUUUUAAGUAGUUCAGUACGAAUUAAUUUAAGAAAAAACAUUUUAAACUUUAGAUAUGUUUCAGUAGGAAAUGCUUGAACAUUUUAAUGAGAAAUUUCUAUGUUUAAAAACUAUAGGAAAUGUUGAGGAGAAUUUAAGCAGUUUAAGAUUGUGUAUAAUUUUUUUCUUUUCUCUAUUAUGGUGGCCACAGUACUAAUAUACUAAAUUUUUGGUAUUUGAAUUUUUAACUCUUGACACUAUGAAAAAAGAAUUGAAGAAAUAACCCAAGAUUUUAACACAUAUAAAAUCAGUAUGUCAUCGAAAAUUAGAAUAUGAGUUCUUAAAAGUUACUGCAGAAAUCAUGUGAAGCAAGUGAGAACAUUGGCUAGAAACAGUAACACCUAAACAUUGUUAAAUUCUGAGGUUGAAAUUCAAUAAAAACUUAAAGCUAA